AUGGGCUGCGGCUCCUCACAGAGUACGACUCCGGUGCUUCAAGACAGCGUUGAUGAGCCGGUGGUGAUACUUCCUGGCACGCUGCUGUAUGUGUCCUCUGCUCAUCCAGCAACCGUGCUGCGCCGGUUCUCCUUAGCGCCUGCAAGGGCAGAACUGCCUGGAGCUGUGGAAGACGCUCCUCCAAUAAGUUCUGCCGGUGUCAUUGUCGCGGUGGAUGAGCUGCCCGACGUGAUGCAAGCGCCAGCGAGAGAAUCUGAAAAUGCCGGCACGGCAUCGGGAAUGGCAUCGCAGCCAGCGAAGUUGGAAGUGAUGCCUGCACGAGAAUUUACUUCACGGCCAAAAGCCAUGCCUUGCAAGCCCAAGCCACUACAAUCGCUACCGGAAUUCGCACCUGCAGCCGAUUCCAUGUCGCCGAGCCGACCGGGAGCAUGGCCAGAAGCGACGAGCUCAACUCAUCCACAGAUGGACCCGGGGGAUGUUCCGGUGGAAAAUGACUGCGCUGCCACUGGGUGCCUCGAAGCCGCGUGCAGCCGCAAGUCUGCAGCUGCGGCCCCCGUUACACGCUGGGUCAAGUCGGCCAACCGGCAGCGACAGCUCCAGCCGACUCGAGAAUCUUCGAAGGCAAGCGGUUUCAGCAAGGAAGCCGGCGAAGAUGAGGCCGUCGAAGAUUUCGAGGAUCAUGGGGAUGCUGCUGCUGCCAGGCUCCAAGAUCUGCUCUUCGCUAAGUGGGAGGCAGAAUCCCUGGUCUGCCGCGUCGCAAGCAAGGAGAUCCGUUCUCAGAGGACUUCGAAUUCCAGCUCCACUCGCGAAACCACAUUGUUUGCUGCCCCUCUGAGACCGCCCCGGCGUGGCCGAUGUGGGCACGGUGCGUGGUCCUUCGGAGCGCGGGGCCGUGGAGGCCACGUGACGCUCAAGGCUCGGGCUUGCUUAGUGCCUCCCGGCUCCGAUGCAGGCCAGUGCAUCGAGCCGGCUCCUCUGCCUGUCUUGCAGACAGACUCCGUGGUUCCGCUUGCUGGGCAGCGAGAAGCUGCAGAGGUCCUGACACCUGGUUCAGAACCUGGUGAUGUUCAGGAUGUGCGCUCGGAUGACUCGUCAAUGGAACACCGUGGGGAUGUUCUGGACUCCUUCCUGCGCAGUGUGUUUUCACCCUUGCUGCCCUAG